AUGUUUUCGAAACUUAAUAGUUCCCUGCAUUAUUUCCUGAUUGGGUUUCUUGGAUGGCAGCUGGACUUGGCAUUAGCAGCGGAUCCUGAUCCCGUCGGCGACGGGCAACCUCCGGCUGGCAAGACAACUCCUACGGCUACGCCACAUUCACCGGGCUCUAACCUCGGCACUUCCAAAAUACCGACCGCAAACACAACUUCGUCACAUGAUGGAAAAUUCGAUUUUGGCGAUGUUUUGUAUGACAAAAGCAUGCUGAGAAGGAGUUUCUUUGUGCUGAUUGGAUUUACGUUAUUAGCUAUGGUGUUUUUUGCUGUCAGAUGGUUCAGGUCAAGAGGAAAGAGAAAGUCCAAGAAAUAUGGGGUACUGGCAACACGUUCAUCAGACAUGGAAUUACGACCACUCGACCAGGAUGAUGAUGAAGAAGACAUGACAGUGUUUGACGUCAACUCAAAAUAG